AUGGCUUCACCUAAUGGUUUUUCUAAUCACUUAACCUAUUUUCUGGCUGCUUCUGCUGUUGCUUUUGGAAUUGGUUUCUUUGCUUUGGCAUCAGCUUUGUGGUUCCUGAUUUGCAAACGAAGAGAAAUAUUUCAAAAUUCCCAAUUUAAAGAAACCGAUGAGAGAUGCAGCCAAAGACCAUCAGAGGUGGAGAGUAAAGCUCAUUCUCAGUGUGUUUUUAUUUCUCGAAAUUUUCAUACUGGAAUAUUCCAAUUACAGGAGGAGCAAAGAAAAAAGGAAACAGCACAUUUAAAAGCAAGUAAAGAUCACUCUAAAGAUGAAUACUGCCUUGCAACAAAAAAGGUCACUUAUAACCCCACAGAGACCAGCUCAACAGCAAAGAGCAGCAAUACAUCCUUAUGCUCAUCAACGUUACCAUCUGAUUCUUAUUACAGCGAAUCUAUAGAAGCAACUGAUGGCUGGUAUUCUGAUGAUUCUCUAGUGAAAAGGAGCUCCGCAAUAUCUUUUCUCAAGGAAUCUCUAACAGAAAAAGGAUUUCCAUACCCGUCAACCACUCCAUUAGAAGAAUGUACUGAAUAUGACACUUUAUGAUGAUAAAAAAUAUGACAGCAUUAAGGAAAUAUUUUCAGGAAGAAAUACGGAGGUUGAAAUAUAAAACCUUCAACAUAAUAUUGAAUGACUUUCCUUUUGGAACUUUGUAUACACUAAAAUCAGUAGAGUUAAA